AUGAAGGCAUUUAAACACGUACGGAGCCAUUUUCAUGUCCCAGGUCCUGGUCCUCUCAGAACCAAGAAUUUAACUGGUGUUGUGCAUCUUAACGCAAUCUCUUAUCACUCCUUCACUGAAUCACACUUGGAUCCUCAAUCUUCCGAGUGGCGUGAAAAAGCCCUCCCAAAACUAAUCAAGCUGACCCCAUUGCUAAAGAAUUUAGACCUAAUCAAUGGAAAAUUGGUUAAUCUCCACGACAAAUGCACUGUGAAUGACGAGUUUCUUCUCCAGAGCAUGCGUACAUUCAAGCCUAUCGCCACAGCCUUUCUUAUGAAGCAAGCAUUAUCUACAGUAAGUACGCCAUGUCUUUCUGUUGAUAAGCCACUUUAUAUGGAAACUUUUACCUUGAAUUCUCUCAAAAAAGUAUGCAACAUCUUAGAUGUGUCUGCUCAACAGAGGAAGUUAGUUCGUCUUGCAAUAUGUCCACAGGUUACACAGCACCAAAUAUGGACAGGUGCCCUCGAGGAGAUACUAAAUCAAUUAAAAUUUGAAAUGAGUGUUAAUGAUUAUGGAUGCAUAAUGGCUCAACAAAUAGUGGUUAACUGUCUAAAGUUCUUAGAUGAUGUCAUGUCUUAUGACCCUGAGUCAACUUCAUGGAUGCGACUUACACUUAAAAAAGAUGCAAACUUGCCACCUUAUGCUAAAUGGGAAGAUUUUCUUGAAAUGAUUAAUGAUUUGAUGAUCUGUUUAAAGAAUGAAGAGGGAUUUUUCUUUUAUGUGACAAAGCUUGAGACCAUGAAAGAAGGGUUGUCACAGAUAAAAGAUGUUUUGGUGGAUAAGAAUAUUGGAUACAAAGAGGUGAGACAUCAACAAAGUUUAGUUCAGAAGAAGUUGACUAAAUCUUUGGGUCAUUCAUCUAAAUGUUUGUUCACACUUUUAUUGUAUUAUCUUUAUGGAAGUAUUAGGGAUAUUGAGCUUGAUAUUUGCUGUUGGUUUUCUGAGGGUGAUGUUGGGAACAAGUGUUAUUUGUGUGUUGGGAAGAUUUUGAUAUCAGAUGAAGAGAAAAUGUUAAGGCGUGAAGUGAAGAAGUUAGAUAGGGCUCUUAGGGUUAUUAAGUUUGUAUACGAAAUGGCAGAAAUGAAGGAGAUUUUGGAGUUGCAGGGUCAUGUAUGGUGCUUAGGGUGUGAGAACAGAUCACUUGUUUAUAGAGGGCACAAGUUCUUCAUUCAUGGUAUUAGUCUCUGA